AACUCGAGAGGGAUAGCUAGAGAGAGAGAGGGAGAAAGCUCGGCGAGGCGAUGGCUAUGGCUCCAGUGGAUCAGCUCUUGGCGACGAUCAGGUACUAUGCCGCGGACCAUCCCAUGGUCUCCCACUUCCGCUGGGACGAAGAUCACACGCUGGGCGCCUCAUGGGGAUUCGUGAUCUCGGCAUUGGGGAUCUACGCGGCGGCGAUUCUUGUCCUGAAGUUCCUGACGAGCCUCCGACGAUCUCCAAUCCCUCUCGGCCCGCUCCAGAUCCUCCAUAAUCUCGCUCUCCUCGCCGGAUCGGUGGCGAUUUUCGCCGGAUGCCUCCAGGCGACGCUGGUGGAGCACGAGCAGAGCUCCUGGCUGUGGAAAGCCAGCGGCGGCAUCGACUGGCUCUUUUGCUUCCCGGUGGAGACUCGCCCUGUGGGGCGGAUCUUCUUCUGGUCCUACGCCUUCUACCUCUCCAAGUUCGUGGAGCUCCUCGAUACCCUCAUCAUUGUUCUUCGCAAGCGCCGCCUCACGCUCUUCCACGCGAUCCAGCACGCCGGCAACCCGAUAAUCUGCUUCCUCUGGCUCCACACCGCGCAAUCGCUCCAGGUGAUCUUCCUGCUCGUCAACACCGCCAUCCAGACGCUGCUCUACUCCUACUUCCUCCUCUCCAGCCUCGGAUUCGACCCUCCCGUGAAGGAAUUCGUGACGCUCGCGCAGAUCCUCCAGUUCGCGAUCGGCAUCGCGGCGGCGGCGUGGGUGGCGCUGCUUGUUCGCCAGAAAUCCGCCAAGUGCUCCGGGAUGGAGGCGCUCGCCGCCAAUGCGGUCUUCUAUCUCGCGCUCAUGCUGCUACUCACAAAUUACUACAUCAAGAUCUACGUGAGGAAGAAGCCGCAAACCAAGAAGAGCAAGAAGGCCCAGUAGAAAAGAAUUGGGUCGGUCUUCCAUUCCAUUUCAUUUCCAUUCCUUCCAUCCCAAUUCCUUCCAUCCCAUGGUUUUUGAAUUAAUGGCCGAGAUGAGCCUUAUUGUAAGCGAA